GGCCGUCGUGGCUACGCGAAAACCGUUAUUACAAGGCGUCGUUGACGCUUCAUCCGUUGCCGCGCGAACGACAGAGGCAGCCAGGAAAUGGCGGAGGACGAGGAGGCUGAGGGCCCGAACAACGUGCGGCUCUUUCGGAUUGCCAUCUCCAACAGCCUGAAGAACAUAGCCGAGUCCGUUAGCGAGAGCGAUUUCCUCGAGAUAUUCACGGUUCUCAAGUCGAAACCCAGCAGCGUCCGGAAGCUGCAUAAAACCAUGACGCAGGAGCUGUAUAGCAGCAUGAGCAGAGGCCUGGAGGACCUGUUGGAGGAAGGCAGUUUGCGGGACGCUAUGACUAAGAUCGCUAAGCUGUCCGAGGAAGCUACGGUGCCCGACACCGAAGAAGCAUGGCGUCCACCCGGAGACGUGACCUUGCACCUGAGAUCGCUGGACGCGCACAAGAUUAAGGAAGCGAGCGAGCAGUUGGAGAAGCAGGUAAUCGAGAUGGAAGGAGCAAACGAGGCCCUGAUGGAGACGAUCGCGGAAAGUAGGUCGCGAAUAUGCGCCAUAAACGACAAUCUGACGAGAGUUUUGGAUUGUGCGCCCACCAUGCUGCAACGGUUGCAGAACACGUACGAGCAAUUAGCGACGUGUCUUAAAUCGAUCGAGUAGAGUCGCAUGAUGGAUCUUGCAAACGCAUUGUGUAUAUAUAUAUAUAUAUAUAUGUAUAUAGAUUAUAAUAUUUUUAUUAAAACUGGCAGAGAUUCAGAAAUAUC